AUGGCGCCUUUUGAAGCAUUAUACGGACGACCUUGCAGAUCACUGAUUUGUUGGACGGAAGUGGGUGAUGCAAAUUUGAUAGGACCCGAACUUGCUCUAGAAACUACUGAGAAAGUCAAAUUGAUCCAACAAUGGUUAAAGACUGCCCAAGACCGCCAAAAGAAUUAUGCAAACAAGAGGAGAAGACCAUUGAUGUUUGAAGGUGCAGUGGGUGAAGUAGCAUAUAGAUUAGCUCUACCACCGCAGUUAGCAGGAAUACACAAUGCCUUCCAUAUGUCUAUGUUGAGAAAAUACAUCGCUGACUCGACACACGUCUUCAAAUUUGAAGAGAUCAGUCCUGACAAAGAUGUUACAUUUAAAGAAGGACCGGUAGCAAUACAAGAUCAUCGAGAAAAGAACCUUAGAGGCAAGACGGUUCACCUGGUAAAAGUGCAAUGGCGUCAUCAGGGAAUUGAGGAAUCUACUUGGGAACGCCAGGAUUGGAUGAAGGCAAUCUACCCUGAGAUUUUCGAAGAUAGUGUGUAG